CAUUCUCAGGUGAUAUAAACAGGUUUGUUUCUGAAAGCCUUCACAAUGCAUUCAGUGUUGGAAAACAAGGAUGUCUUCUUCCACUUCCACAUCCCUAUGGCUGUUGCUGCUCCUGUUGCUCAUCCAGUAUAUGGAAAGUCAGAGAUCUACAGGAAAAUGUUCAAGUUACCCCCCACUCUGCUGUUCUGGUCUGAAUAGCAGUUGUAACAGACAAAACUGCUUCUGUGAUGCGUUCUGUGUUGUGAACAAGGACUGCUGCCUUGACUAUAACAGCACUUGUCUAGGAGAUCUAGGGACCAUUAGUACUAGCACAACUGCAGAACCACCAGCCACCAACAGCACUCCAAACACCUCACCAGUCCAUACGGAAGCUCUGAACUCCAGCACAUUGGCUCUACUGACUGGAAGGACAACCUCUGGCUCUACUAAUGGUGUACUCUUUGACUCAGCAAAAACUGCCACCUCUGAGGCCAAUAAGUUCACUGUCAGCAAUCGAAAAGAGUCAGUUGAGACCAGUAGCUCAGCCUCCACAGGUUCAAUGAGCUCAACAAAUAAUUCUGUGACACAUUCUGUGAGUAACUCAACAUUGUCACUAACGUUGACUACCACAGAGAACAUUACACUAUCAGAAAGUACUGUCUCUGCUUUUACAGGUCUACCAGGUGUCACUGACAUGUCUAUCAAUCGGUCUCUGCCCAAUGUAUCCAUACUUGCAGAGACUAUAGAUGUGACUACUGUUCAAAUGCCACAGAAUGGUACACAUCUGGCAAACAGCACCACCCCAAAUCCAUCUCAGACAGCCAUGUUUUCUACAGAAAAUAGCAAACUGCUGCAUAACAAUUUAACAACAGAAAAUAUGAUUUUCACUGACACAACCACUACUGUGGCAGAGUUACAGACUACGUCUGCAGAGUUUGACCACACAUUCACAAACAGGAAUGAAACAGAAGAUUCUGGACUCUCAGAGAGUGCUACUCCUGCUUUAUCAAGUCUACCAGGAACUACAAUCAUGACAAUUAAUCCAUCUCUGCCAACUGCAACCACACCUGCACAGAACUCACCAGUAACAACAGCAUCUGAAAAUUAUAUCAGCUCCUCUAGGACUACAAUUGUGGAUCCAGCAUCUGACACUACAGGAGGUACCAGCACCAGCAACCCGGUUGAUUCAGAAAGGACAGCUUCUACUGUUACUGUCUUAACAAAAACGAAUGGACCACAGAUCUCCACAGUUUUGACAGAAGAUGCCAGCACAUACAACAUCAAAAAUGAUAUAACUUCAGCUACAUCAAUGAGCCCCAUGCCCAAUACAUCUCCAUUUAAUUUGGAUCUUACUAACCAAACUACUACACCACACAGUUCCAGUUUCCAAAUGGAUCUGUCACCUUUGCCCACUGUUUCUGAAACAGGAAGUACCUUUGCUCCUGAAACAAGCCAUAUUUCUUCCACAACAUUACAUCAGCUGUCCACAAACAUCCCUUCUAGCACUUUGAUGAACAUAACAGAAUCAGUGACACCAGCACCAGUAAAGCCUCUAACCUCUGGUUCUACAAAUGUCAAUACCACAACAUCUGGCCAAAACAUGGCAACUAGUACAGUACCUACAACCGCAGAGGAUACAACUAACAUCUUUGGGACUGCACCUUUUCCAAAUGUGGUGAGCAGUGGUUCACUUAUGACAUCUGUCACGGACACCACACAAGGCCCAAACACAUCAGUUAAUUUAUUUCAAAAUAUUACAGAUACACUGGAAUACAUUACUUCUGUAGAGUCUACAGAGUCUACAGAAUUUAGCACAUCAAGAGAUGUGUAUUCUUCAGAGUCUACAGAAUCUAGCACAUCACAAGAUGUGUAUCUAAAUAUGUCAUCUAGAAGUAUAAGCUCAUCUGUUGCAGAUGAGACAUCUUUGGCUUUAAAUUAUUCUUCAACUCCUGUUAAUCCUUUACAUAUGUUUAACGAGACUGCUUUACCUCAAGAUGAUUCUGCUUCUCAAAAUGACUACACCAUGACAACACCUACUCCGGUUAUAUCAAAGUCCAAUGCAUUUACUAAUGUUUCUCCUGAACUGCUCACUGUAGCUAACAUGACAGUGGCCUCCACUCCUUCCACUCCUCAAGCCGAUACUGCUAAACCAUUUACACCUGGGACACCUCUCUCAGAAAGGUCAUCAUCAGACCCUGUAUUGGAAAGAUUCACAGGCAUUACGAUAGGGCAACUGUCAAGGAAUUUUUCAAACUCAUCAUUGUCAUUUACUCAACCAACCACUAUGACAGACUCUGUGACACUAAUGCUUUCAGAAAAUAUUACAUCUCACACAGAAUUGCCAGCUUCACCGACAACUUCUUCAGCAAGGAUAGAAACUGGAUCUAGCUCAUCUACAACAGAAACACUUUUCAGUGGCAGCAUGAGAAUCCUGCUAAAUGCUUCAUCUACAGCUACUGCAACCCCGCUAAACCCCAUUGCCACCAAUGUCAGAGAAGUAUAUACAGAUAAAGGGACAUUACUACCAAACAAUACAUCAAUCAAUCCAGAGGAAGGAACCAGUGGAGCAGAUUCAAGUUUUACCUCCACAUCCUCUGUAAACCCUACCGAUGCACCUGUGCUUAUUCCAACUUUACCAGUCAGUCAAGCCAGCACUUUGGAAAACAAGAUACUUGCAUCUUCUGGAAGAAGUGUAACUAACUCAGGUGCCCUCCAUAAUCUUUUGCCAACCAUUAACUCACCUGUUUCUGCUCCACUGGAACCACAGACCAAUACAAUCACUGGAGGGAUAGAUUCAAAUAGGAGAAAAACAACAUCUUCUAUCUCAUACCCGACUACAACAUUAACUAGCACUGCAGUGUCAGACACAACAAACGAUGUGAUUGAAAUGUUAAAGACCACCAUAAAAAUCUCAGUUUCACACCCCCAGGUUUUGACAAGUUCGUCAGUGAAUAUGUCACCUUCAAGUGCCUUUUCUGCAGCACCAACAGUUCUGGCUUCAACCUCUGGGCAAGACUCUGCAAUAGCUGUAUCUUCAAGUGAAGAUAUCCACAUCACCUCCAAUGAACCUUUGGCAAACACAAAAACUGCUACAGAACCUUUAAUGAACUCUAAUUCAAAUUUUGAAGCAUCCUCUGUAAGAGCAACAGAAAAUUCAAGUUUGACAAGUAUCCCAGAGUUGACCACUGUAUUCAGCACAAAUAAGGAAACUGCAACAGGUGGUUCAGAUAUGAAAACUUCUACACAUAAUGUACAUCUACAUAUCACUACAGUAGAGACUUUAUCUGCAGAUGCAAUGACAAUUAAUACAGAUACAGUACCUACAUUUGCAAAUAAAUUAUCAGCUUCCUCAGAUCAAAACUAUGUAGAGCCUACAGACUACACACAAACCACAGAAACGUCACAUUUGACACCUAAAAUUAAAGUCAUCACAGCUUCAAGUUCAGAUACUUCUGACAGCCCACAUUCUCUAGUUACAGAAAAUGCUGUUUCAUUAACAGCCAUAGCACACACUGCCAGUGAUGUUCCUACUGAUCUGCCUUUUGUGGAACGAAAUAGGAUACAAACUGUUUCACCAGCCAGUAUCACUGGGAAUGGAACCUUCUAUGUAAACAUGACAGACGUUACUGUAGGUUCAAAUACUGAUGUUCAUAUGACAGAACCAAGCAAAUUUUCUUCUGCUGUGCCCCACACUUUAAAUGAUAAAUCCAUGGAUGGAGCUACUCACUCCACAACUGACAAAAGCACACAUUUUGAAGUGGCAGACACUACAAAUGUGACAGAACUUGCAAUCACGCACACAACAUUGAAUAUAACUAAUACAAUUAACGAAAAGACCUUAACACACAUUACUACAUCUGCAAAUGGUGUGACUCUUGAAUCUGCAGCCACAACAGCAACGUCUACUGUAAUGGGAGUUAAUAACACAACAGUUACAUCUACAAUGAUCCCAGAUAUUAUUCACACUCCACCAACAAAUCUGGUAAACUCACCUACACUCAGUGGCUCAUCACUGCCAAGUGCAACCCGUCCUCAUACAAAGCAAAAUAGCACAUUUCUAACAAAUUACAGCACUGUGAUCCCAUUCUCUUCCACAAAGUCAUUAUCUGCAGGCGAUACCACAGUGACCCACACUACGUCAGGAACAACAUCACUGAAAAUCGCUGAUUUAACCACCACAUUACCACAGUAUAACUCUACACAGCCUGUAAAAGUAAAACAAACUUCACUAGCCAUGACUAUUCUUUUUCCAAACAGAACAAGUUCUUCGGAAAGAACAAAGCCUGCUGUUUCGUCAAUAAUAUCUAACGUCACUGAAACCAAGAUGGCCCUAGAUAUGAAAAACACAGCCCAGCAAAUCAAGGCAACAGUGCUUUCUGAUGCUGAGACCCUCACUACAAAAAUUCCGGUAUCCGUUUUGAAGCCACACACAUCCAUACCAAAUGGUACAACAUUCCAUAGCCAUGGUACAACAGCCCAUAAGCCAUUGCAUUCUACACUUGUACCAGUCAAUGUGCUGCCCAGUGUGCCAGCUAAACCCCAGCCCAUCAGACCAGGGACGACAGCUCCUCCUGCAUCCAGGACUGAAAAGUCCACAUUGGCUAUGACCUCCAGAGAUGAGCAAACCCCAAGAACUGAUCCAAAAGGCAAGCAGACACUGAUUCUGCGAAUGAACGUGUCUCUUCUUACCCCGGUGUCUAUGGAGAAUAAAACAAUAACAGAAGCUUUACAAAAUCUCAUUAGCGUCAUGCAAAAUCACCUCAAAGAUGAAGAAUGUUCCUUCAAGAUUGUGAAAGUCAUCAAGAAGUGAAAACACUGGCAUGACUCAGGAUCUUACCUGCUUUUUGGUUUUCUGCUGUACAGACUCUGUUCCAAUAAGUGCUUCAUUCUUUUUUUACCAAUUCCUUUAUUCAAUGACACAUAGAAAACAAAGACCCAACUGCAUUUGGGACAACAGCCUUCACUAUGACUAUGAAUGUGGAAACUGGUGGUAUACUUUCGAAUAUGCCAAUCGAAAAGAAAGCACAACACAUAUCCCAAGUCACAAUGCUGUAAUGUUAUUAUUGAGGACUCAAACCAAGGAGAAGAUGAAAUAUGUCUAGUCUGCAACCCCAGGACGCAGGUGUAACACUAUGGAAAUUGAAAUGAAAUGCAGUGUUUUGAGCAGAUUGCACCCUUCAGCCUUGCUCUCUGCUUGAGUGAUUCUGCCAUUCACAGUGUAUAAGACCAGUCGGCCUUUUUAGAAAGGCUAUAAAGUGAAAACGAUCAAAAAGCCAU